AAGGCGAUCCCGAUGUUCUAGCUGUGUGCUAUAUUUUGGAAAACGCAUCCGCGCAGCGUCGUAGUAGCUACGAAGAUUCCACGGAGAUCGGCUCGUGAGAUUGUGAUAGAACUCUAAACAAAAAGCAAACAGCACCAACAUGAGCAGCGUCGAUGAAGAUCUUACCCCCGAGCAGAUUGCCGUGCUCCAGAAGGCAUUCAACAGCUUCGAUCACCAGAAGUCUGGCUCCAUUCCCACCGAAAUGGUUGCCGAUAUCCUGCGUCUCAUGGGUCAGCCUUUUGACAAGAAGAUUUUGGAGGAACUGAUCGAGGAGGUCGAUGAGGACAAGUCUGGUCGCUUGGAAUUCGGUGAAUUCGUGCAGCUGGCUGCCAAAUUCAUUGUGGAGGAGGAUGCAGAGGCCAUGCAGAAGGAGCUGCGUGAGGCGUUCCGCCUGUACGACAAGCAGGGCAACGGCUUCAUUCCCACCACCUGUCUGAAGGAGAUCCUGAAGGAGCUCGACGAUCAGCUGACGGAUCAGGAACUCAACAUGAUGAUUGAGGAGAUCGAUAGUGAUGGUUCCGGUACAGUGGAUUUCGACGAAUUCAUGGAGAUGAUGACCGGCGAGUAAAUAGACGCACUGCGUCUUUAGCCCACGACCACGCCCACACACACACCCGA